UAGAAAGGAAGCGGUUGUAGCAGUGCCACGACACGAGGUCCAAAACAUUGAAAUCCAAAGACCAAAAAUGAUACAUUUGGAUUUUCGUAUCAUAUGCUUUGCAUUUGUGACAAGAAACAAGGAUGUCUGGGACUGGGGAUCAUUACAAGGUGUUGGGAUUGAACAAGAACGCAACAAAAGACGAAAUCAAAGAAGCCUUUAGAAAAUUGGCCAUCAAAUAUCACCCUGACAAGCACUCACAAUCCUCUAAACCUGUUCGAGAAAAUGCCACACUCAGAUUCAAACUCGCCUCCGAAGCCUACGAGGUUCUCAGCGAUGACCGUAAGCGUGCAGAUUACAACAUUCGCUCUCGUUCCACAGGUAACAGUUACGGUUAUAACCGUUAUUCUUACAAUAAUAACUAUAAUAACAGUUAUAGUUGGAAUGGAAAAGCUUACCAAGCAAGAUAUUCAAAAAGACCACCUGGGUCUGGCUCUUCCGACUUCGUUUCCAGGUUUGAGUUUGCGCUGAGGUUACUCACGACUCGUGCGUUUCUUCUCAAUCUUGGCUUUGCUGGUGCUUUGGUAGGUGGGAUGUUUUUAAUUGAUUCAAGCAUGGAUUCCAUAUGGAAGACGCAAAAUUCUGGGAAAUCAUUUGAAGAAGCCUUGGAGUCUAUUGAGAAAACCAAAGGCAGUCAGAAAUCACCCAGAGAAGCCUUUGGGUCCAUUGAGAGAGUGAGAGCUUAUAAAGCCAUGAAGUCCACUGAGAAAGCCAAAGCCAUUUCAGAAAAUAACCGAAGAAUACAUUGAUUCCUUUGAGAAAGCCAAAGUUACUGUAGAUAAGAAGUCUUCUUCUGAAAGAUGGGGAUAUCAGAGGACUGUCAUUGAUGUUCCUCGUUUGCCUUUUGACUGGAAAUUUUCCUCUCCUUUAGUCGAAGUACACAUAAUCAUAAAAAAGCCAAGGUUUCAAUAGUGUUGGAGAAUGAAGUCCAAUGUUUCCCAGAUGCUUCUUUAGUUUUGUUUAUGUAUACUUGAUUUUUAUUUCUCCUUCCUUCCUUGUCCUUUUUUUUUUUCUCUCUUUGUUAGAUUGCUACUUCGUAAUUCAUACGUAAAUUAUUGUUUUAUGUAAGAGUGCAAAUUCAAAUUUAACUAAUAUUCAACAUAUAGUAAAUAUUUAUUGAUCA